CCGCUCUUUCUUUCGGUCCUCGACGGAGCCUAGGGUUUCAAACCAGUCGAGUCGGGAGAGGAAGCGAACAGGGGAAAGGUAGAGAGAGGUCCGACUCCGAGGGAGAAGCAGCGAUGGCGUCCACCAAAGUCCAGCGGAUUAUGACCCAGCCUAUCAAUCUCAUAUUCAGGUUCCUCCAAAGCAAAGCUCGCAUCCAGAUAUGGCUCUUUGAGCAGAAGGAUUUGAGGAUCGAGGGGCGUAUCAUAGGCUUUGAUGAAUACAUGAAUUUGGUCCUGGAAGAAGCUGAAGAAGUUAAUGUUAAGAAGAAAACAAGAAAGCCACUGGGGAGGAUUCUGUUGAAGGGAGACAACAUAACCUUGAUGAUGAAUACGGGUAAAUGAUUAUAUGCCAUUGUUGGGUUAUUUGGCUGGUGCCAGCAUCCCUUGGUUAGACUUCAGAGACCGUGUAGCUUCAACUUUUGUAUUGGCAAAUUCUGUAUGGCUUUUUUAACUGAAUGUGUGAGAUGGUAAAUGUUUCUCUAGGAUGUUAUAAGCAUUCUAAUUAAUGCAACUGUAAUAGGUCAAAGAUAUGUUGAAUGUGAAGUUUGCAGGCUUUGGGAGAA